AUGGGAAUUAAAGAUUGGUUCAAUUUGAAUAAAAAAGAGGAAAGUAAAACUUUGCAAGAAGAAGGCAGAAGCUAUUCUAGCUCAACUAGAAUUUAUUGCCUACCUGACGAAGAAGGAAUAACAAAAUGCAAGAAAAUCACUACAAUCAGAUCUCGAUCUGGAUCAGAACCUCCAUCAGAAGAAAUUAUCGAAGAAGAAAUACCUUAUGAUGAGAAUUUCAUGGAUGGGCCUGAAUUUGAUGAAAUAAGCCAACUAGAAGAAUGUUUUAGAAAGCUUCUUGAUCCUUUUAGCCAUCUUGGCAGAUAUAGUGAAUUUUUUGAUAAAGAAAAACAUAGCCAUGAUGGAUUAUUUAGACAUUUUAGAAAUCCUCAAAGAUUUAAUGAGAAUCUUGAUGAAUUUUAUCGUGAUUAUUACAAAGAUGAAAGCAAAUCCAUUUAUGAUGCAUAA